AUAAGCCCACAACGUCUCUCACUCUCAGGCACGGCAAGGCAAGGGACCCUGAUGGACACCGGUGGAGAGGGAACGUCACCUCAUCGGGGAGAAUGAGGGGGACUCAUGUACUGGAAUCCAUAAAGACACCUUGCCCCUAGGUCCCAUUCCUUUACCCCCUCUAUUCUUUCUUUGCAAUCGUGCUCCUGCCUCCCCUCUCGCAGUCGUCUACUUACCUUACUACUACUGUACUCAUUGGUCGUUAUCCACAUCUCAACACCAUCACAAUGUUCGGCUUUGGCGACGCAAAGGAUGCUCGUGACGAGGUCUACGACGGGCAGCCGCACGAGUCCAAGCUGUCGCACGAGCUGAUCGGCUCGGCCGCCGCCUUCGAGGGUAUGCGCCUGUGGGAGCAGGAGCAGCGCAGGGAGGGCAAGACAGUAAACCACGGCACGGCCAAGGAGAUGCUCGCGGCCGCCGUCGGCUUCGAGGUCGACAAGCUGGUCGAGACCAAGGGCCUCGACUUCGUCGACCGCGAGCGCGCCAAGCACCACGCCCGCCAGCAGGUUGAGCAGCUGUACGACCAGCACUACGGCGGCCAAGAUCAGUAUGACCCGUACCAGCAGGGGCCUCCCAGCCAUUUUGAGAGGUAUUAGGCGUGCGACAUGGCGGAGGUGGUUUUAUUGUUGACGAGUGGGAAUUUGGAUUGUUGGAAGCAAAGCAUGGCAGUGCCUUUUUGGCUUAGACCAUUGAAUACAAUGAGAAGCACCAUCGCUUCGGAUGUCUCGUCCCUUAAGAUCCUCGUUAUGCCAUGGCUUCCAAGGACGAAUUGACGUAGUAUCAGAGACCGUCAAUCAAGAACCACCGUUAAGUCACAAACUUUUGGCAGCA